AUGAUGAGCAGCGGGAGCAACAAGCGCCAUCGAGUCAGUGGAGACUCCUCGUCCCCAUUGCGGACGGCCAUAGCUUGCCGGGCAUGUCGUGAUCGCAAGACUCGUUGCAGCGGCCAUCAGCCAACCUGCACGUAUUGCUUCAAGGCGGGCGUGCCUUGUGAAUAUGGCCCCAGUGUGGCAAUACAUGAAGUCGAUUCGCUGACCAAGACCAUUAUAUCCAACAGCUCAUCUUCAAACCUCGAUGAAUGGGGUGCGAGAAUAUUGGAUGCCAUUGACAGUAUCUCCAUACCUCCAGUGUUGCCUAUCAAUUCCGUCCCAGCUGUAACCAGCGCUCCUGUCCAAGGGUUGACUCUAAGCCCCCAGUGCAUUCCCACAGGCUGUAGCCCAAUAACAGGUGUACACUCUAUUCUUAAAUGGCAGGUAUUCAAUAUACAGGGCGACAGAGGGCCUGUAGCUCGCUACAAGCAAGCCCUGAGUCGCCAUGCGGAUCAACGCCCCCUGGCUCGAGCAAUGGGGAGGGAAAGUGCCACUUGUGCCACAGAAACUCUGCUCGGGCUGGUAGACAUCUUCCAAGCUGGCUUCUUGCCUGCCAUCCCCGUAUUAGACGCGGCAGAUCUUCGCCGGUAUAUUCUUCAUAUUGGGGAAUAUGGAGACAUGUGGAAUGUAGAGGCAUGCUUGGUAUUGAUAGUUGCAGCUCUGGCGAGUAUGUUGGCACCGACUUCAGCUUUCGCUCAGCAUGCGUCAUCUACAGUCAGUAUGGCAUUGAGAUAUUGGAAUAUGGCGAAGAAACGGCUCGCCUGGGCUUUGGAGGAGUCGGGAAUUAUGGCGGCUCAAUGCCAGCUUCUUGCAGCCAUUUGGUAUAUCCAUACAUCGGAACCUACUGUAGCUUUGAAGAUGCUCAACGGCUCAUUAUUGGCCAUCGACACAAAAACUCCCAAGCACGGUCCCUCCAUUGGCGAGGAGGCGAGCCACCGACGGCAACAAGAUAAACUAUGCGACAACAUCCGGUACAUGUGUAUCAGUUUGUUAUGCUUGUGCACAAACAUCUAUGAAAAACCCUCACUUAUCGUCGUAUUUCUCUGGCCUUCCAGCCGACUACAGUGCGAAGUGACAUUUUCGCCUACUUCCACCUCAUACAAUCUACAAGACAGAAACACAAGUCCCCGGAUACAAUUUACUAUUACUGAAUUACUGAAUUCCCUUCUAUUAAUCCGCCAAAGUAUAAUGGAUGUCUCCAAAAUGCUCGGUGGUGAGAUGUCUAUUCAAGAACUGGGCACACUCCACCAAAAUGUACUUACGACAGCUCAAUCGCUCGAUGAUUGGUACACAAGGCUACCCGAUAACCUAAAAUCUUUAUUAGCAGAUCCUCUCAUGGGUUCUUCAGAAACAACUGACGAACGGUCAGAACUUGAGGCACAGAGCAAGCUGCUACAAUGGCAGUACCUGGAGGCCCGAGAGCUCGUUCUACGCCCCUCGCUCUAUUUAACCCUACAACGGCUGCCGUCGUUACAGCUGUCUAUGGCCCGGGGGUCAUCCGACUCUCAUCAAGGUCUGUCGGAUGUGGUGCAACAAUACUACAUUACCCAGUUUCACUCCAUGAUGAUACAGCAUCGCAACCUUGUCGUCAGCCGGCUUAGAUUGUCUCUCAACCAUGGAGAUUCAGACCCACAGACAUCACGAGUGAUGAGUCUUGACAUGGGCUGGUUGAAAACACAGACAUAUUUAAGCCUAGGGCUAAUGCUCAUUGCUUCAAUGCAAUGCAUAGGUGACACAGAGUCAACAAACGGUCGAUCAAUACAGUGGGGACCGGACGAGGAAGACUGCAUUCUGGCGUUGGAGAACUGGUCAAGAAAUAAUUCAGAGGCACCAGGGUUGGGUGUUGUGCACGCGGAUCUUUUGCGAGAUCUCUACGCGACUCUUUGCAAAAGUUCUGCUAUUUUCCCUUGA